GCGCCGGCCGCCUGGGAAAAAGCCGGUUGCUGGGGGAGUGAGGAAGAAAGGGAGGGAGCCGAAUACGGAAGUGGUGGCAUCGCUGAGAGAGCGGGUGGAGGCAGUGACCGCGAUGUCGAAGAUGAGAACCCAGCGCCGAGGGAUAGAGGCUUGCAGACCGGCAUCCGCCUUCUAGGACCUACAGGAGGUGCUGGAGUGGGUGGGCCUCACUCCUCCCCCUCAGCGAGCACCCAGAGUGAUGGCGGUGCUGAUGGCGGCAGUUACUCGGACAGCCCUAGUUAAACUGCACUCCGAGAGAUACAUCCAGAAAGCAUCCAGAAGAAAUAUUCUACUGGAAAAACUGAAAAAGCUGUAUUCGUAACACUGGAAUUUGGACAGUUUGUUAAAAUGGCGGAAAAUAGUGAGAAUAAUAGUAAAAAUGUAGAUGUAAGGCCCAAAACUAGUCGAAGUCGAAGUGCUGACAGAAAGGAUGGUUAUGUAUGGAGUGGAAAGAAGUUAUCUUGGUCAAAAAAGAGUGAAAGUUGUUCAGAUGCUGAAACAGUGAAUGCUAUAGAGAAAACUGAAGUUCCUCUAAGGAGCCAAGAAAGGAAGCACAGCUGUUCAUCUAUUGAGUUGGAUUUAGAUCAUUCCUGUGGCCACAGGUUUUUAGGCCGAUCUCUUAAACAGAAACUGCAAGAUGCCGUGGGGCAGUGUUUUCCAAUAAAGAAUUGUAGUAGUCGGCACUCUUCAGGGCUUCCAUCAAAAAGAAAAAUUCAUAUCAGUGAACUCAUGUUAGAUAAGUGUCCUUUCCCACCUCGAUCAGAUUUAGCCUUUAGGUGGCAUUUUAUCAAACGACACACUGCUCCUCUAAGCCCCAAGUCAGAUGAAUGGGUAAGCACAGACUUGUCUCAGAGUGAAUUGAGGGAUGGUCAACUAAAACAGCAAAGAAACAUGGAAGAAGAGGUCAACUGUUUCUCACAUACGGAUGUUCAGCCUUGUGUCAUAACCACUAACAGUCCUUCAGAUAGAGGUAGUCCUGGGACAGGCUCUAUGAUAAACCUGGCUUCAAAUAACAGUAUAGAAGAUAGUGAUAUGGAUUCAGAUGAUGAAAUUAUAACACUUUGCACAAGUUCCAGGAAAAGAAACAAACCCAAGUGGGAAAUGGAUGAAGAAAUCCUGCAGCUAGAAACACCUCCCAAGUACCAUACUCAGAUUGAUUAUGUUCACUGUCUUGUACCAGACCUCCUUCAGAUCAAUAACAAUCCAUGCUACUGGGGCGUUAUGGAUAAAUAUGCAGCUGAAGCUCUACUAGAAGGAAAACCAGAGGGUACCUUUUUACUGCGAGACUCGGCACAGGAAGACUAUUUAUUCUCCGUUAGUUUUAGACGCUAUAGUCGUUCUCUUCAUGCUAGAAUUGAACAGUGGAAUCACAACUUUAGCUUUGACGCUCAUGAUCCUUGUGUCUUCCAUUCUCCUGACAUUACUGGGCUCCUAGAGCAUUAUAAGGACCCGAGUGCUUGUAUGUUCUUUGAACCACUUUUAUCCACUCCUUUAAUUCGGACUUUCCCCUUUUCCCUGCAGCAUAUAUGUAGAACAGUUAUUUGUAACUGUACAACUUAUGAUGGCAUUGAUGCCCUUCCAAUUCCUUCUUCCAUGAAAUUAUAUCUGAAGGAAUAUCAUUAUAAAUCAAAAGUUAGAGUACUCAGGAUUGAUGCACCAGAACAACAAUGCUAGGAAAAGGGUAGGAACAUGGAAAUGAUUAUAUACAUAUCUUCAUUUAAUAUUUUUAUUAUGCCAUUUUGAAUUUUUCUACAAGGGCAGAUGAAAUCCAGAAUAAACUUCUGCCCUAAAUUUCAUUUCCAGAUCAGUUUAUUUUUCUUAGGAUACAAUAAUUGUUUAAGGUUACACAUUAGGAGUUAUUGGAUAUUUUUGACCAGGUGUUUGGCUUUUGUUUUUACCAUGUAGAUUGUAUACUUAAUUUUUUUCUUAAUUGUAGCUUGCAUAUGAUCCUACCUAUUUGAAAUUUGGUAGACAUUGCAAACACAGCUGAAUAAUCUGUAAUUUAUACUUUUCUUUAUAGAUAAUUGUGUCCUUUCUUGCAUAUAAAAUGCUUUGUUAACCUCACCCUUUUCAGAGUUGUUCUAAAGUUCUUCAGUGAAGCUGAGUGUGUUGUAAUUUACAAUCCAUACUAAUGUAAUUGACUUGUAAUUUACUCAUAGGGAUGUUAAAAGUUUACAAAAUGGCUUAAAAUCAAA